ACAGCAGGUGUCAGCUCCACUCCUCUGAUGCAAUGACACAAAAUACCGGUACUUUAUUCUGAGAGAUGCAGGGCUGUACACUGGGUUGAGGGGCAUUAUCAAGGAGGCGGGAACGUCGUCGCUGCUCUCUUGGUCUAAAUAAGCCGAGUUUCUGCGCUGCAUACUUUCGAAAGUACAGCUGCACCAGCGCCUACGUGCUCACAUGGAGGAGUCAGCCGAGGUCUCCGCUUGUGCUUCUUGAACUCAGACCUGCAAAACACUCCGCCUCGGACCGAGUGCUGACAUGAUCAUGGCCCGGACUCUGGAAGUGUUUGCGAAUUGGUUGGUGAUUUUUGUUCUCCUCAUCGGGACGGAAGGAAAGCGCAGCAAAGAGAGGGUUUACUAUGUAGGAAUCAUUGAGGACUCAUGGGAUUAUGCGCCAACAGGAAAAAAUAUGCUCAACGGAGAAGACGUCGACAAUGACGACCAUGCAUCUACAUUCCUUAAAAGAGAACCCAACUUUAUUGGCAGAAUUUACAAGAAGGCAAUGUUCAGAGAGUAUAUAGACGCUACGUACCGUGAACAGGCUCCCCGACCUGAAUGGUUGGGCUUCCUGGGGCCCAUACUACGAGCUGAGGUUGAUGACGUUAUCGUGGUCCACCUGAAGAACUUUGCAUCCAGGAGCUAUUCUAUGCAUCCCCAUGGAGUUUUCUAUGAGAAGAAUUCAGAAGGGGCGCUCUAUCCAGAUGGGACAUCAGGCAGUUUGAAGAAGGAUGACUCUGUUCCUCCGGGAGGCAGCUACACCUACCGCUGGGAGGUCAGGUCAGAAUUUGCCCCCACAAAUGAUGACGCCAACUGUCUGACCUGGGUCUACCACUCUCACAUAGAUGCCCCCAAGGACAUUGCCUCAGGACUUAUCGGGGCUCUGCUCACCUGCAAAAAAGGCAUCUUGAAGGAGACUGAUGCAUCAGUUCAGACAAAGGCAGACUCAGCUCGCAAUGAUGUGGACCAGGAUGUGUUUUUGAUGUUUAACGUGGUGGACGAGAACCUGAGUUGGUACCUGGAGGACAAUAUUCAGAUGCUCACAGAUCCAGCUGGAGUCAACGAAGAUGACCCAGACUUUGAAGAGUCAAACCUGAUGCAUGCUAUUAACGGGUACAUGUUUGGUAACCUGCCCGGGAUCGAGUUAUGCCAGAAUCGUGCAGUAGCCUGGCAUUUGUUUGGCAUGGGUAACGAGGUGGACAUUCACUCUGCCUUUUUCCAUGGGAAUACGCUGCUAGACCGUGGCCACCGCACCGACGUCCUCAGCUUGUUCCCAGCCACGUUCGCCACUGCUGAGAUGGUCCCGCAAGCAACAGGAAAGUGGUUGCUGACCUGCCAGGUUAAUGACCACUUGCAGGCUGGGAUGCAGGCCUUUUAUGAAGUGAAGGCAUGUGGCAGAGAGGCCAGUGGCACAGUGAUGAGCGGUGUUGUGAGGAAUUACUACCUGACAGCAGAGAAAGUCCUGUGGAACUAUGCUCCCUCAGAAAGGGAUCUGAUUAAAAAUGUAUCCCUUACUGAGCCUGACAGUGCAUCAGAGACAUAUUUUGGCAAAGAUGGUGGAAGGAUUGGAGGUAAAUACAUGAAAGUGGUAUACAAAGGGUACACAGACGGUACCUUCACCACCACAAAGCCACCUGCACCUGAAUCUAGACAUUUAGGAAUCUUAGGUCCAGUCCUGAGGGCAGAGUUGGGAGAUACUCUCAGAGUAACAUUCAUGAACAAGGCUGAUAGAAACUACAGCAUCCAGCCUCAUGGCCUGCACUAUGAAAAACUCUACCAGGGAAGCAGCUAUGAAGAUGGUGCUGACAAGCCUGGCGCCCACGUUGGUCCAGGUGAGAAGUUCACCUACAUCUGGCAGGUCCUAGAAGGUCCGUCUUCAUCUGAUCCCCCAUGCAUCCCCUACCUGUACUACUCUGCCACUGAUCCUGUCUCGGACACCUACUCUGGUUUAGUGGGACCUCUGCUUGUGUGCAAGAAAGGAACGCUGCAGGAGAAUGGAAUCCAGAAAGGUGUGGAUAAGGAGUUCUUCCUUCUUUAUUCUGUUAUGGAUGAAAACACGAGCUGGUACCUAGAGGAAACAAUGGAGAGAUUUGGCAGUGGCAAGAUUAAUCCAGAUGACAGUCACUUCAUGGAGAGCAAUAAGAUGCAUGCUGUAAAUGGACGCAUGUAUGGGAAUCUUGCCGGACUGGAGAUGUGUGCCGGGGACAAAGUUUGGUGGUACACCUUUGGGCUAGGUACAGAGGUGGACAUCCACGGUGUUUAUUUUGAGGGGAACACCUUCAAGAAGCAGAGCACAACACGUGACACUGUCAGCCUGUUCCCUCAUACCACUGCUGCUGUCUCCAUGCAGCCAAACACUCCUGGUGUGUAUGAGGUGAGCUGCAGAGUAACAGACCACUACUCAGCUGGCAUGAGGCAGCAGUACAGAGUGGAUUACUGCCCGGGACACGAAGGGAAGCAUACACACACACAAACAGUACCAACCAAGAUUGUGCAGUAUUUUAUCGGUGCUGUAGAAAUAGAGUGGAACUACUCACCUAAGAGAGUCUGGGAGCAGGAGAAACACAACAGCACAGGAAGCACAGAAGAGAGCCUAGGCAGUAUGUUUGUGGAAAAAAGGAACAACAGCAUCGGCUCGCGCUAUAAGAAGGUGGUGUAUAGAGAAUACACUGAUGAAACCUUCAGAGUUCAGAAGAAACGGCAGCCCAACCAAGAGCACUUGGGAAUUCUGGGUCCAAUCAUCAAAGCAGAGGUGGGAGAGCAGAUCGUGAUCACAUUCAAGAACAAAGCCAGCCGGCAAUACUCGAUUAGUGCACAUGGAGUUAGGGCCAGCGGUGCACACGUUCCUGUCAAACCUGGUCACAUACUCGAGUUGACGUGGGAUGUUCCUGUGAGCUCUGGUCCCGGGGUUUCAGAUCCUAAUUGCAUCUCUUACGCCUACUACUCCAAAGUUGAUUUCAUUAAGGAUCUGUACAGUGGCCUUAUAGGGCCUCUGGUGAUAUGCAGGCCUGGGACUCUGCAGCACGGUGAGGGGCCCGACAGACAGAGGAAUGACGUGGAGAAGGAGUUCGCCCUGCUCUUUAUGGUGCACGAUGAAAACCAGUCCUGGUACUUGAAGGACAACAUCAGAACAUACCUCGGCGAGGAAAAGCUUGAUCACCUCCUACAAGACGAAGAGUUUCAAGAGAGUAACAUGAUGCACGGGAUCAAUGGUAAGCUGUAUGGUAACCUCCAUGGACUAGAGAUGAUGCAGGGCCAGAAAGUUGAUUGGUAUCUGCUGGGCAUGGGCAACAAAGUGGACAUGCACACUGUUCACUUCCACGCUGAGACUUUUACCUACAAGACGGACCGUGUACACCGUGCAGACGUCUUCGACCUCUUCCCCGGGACUUUCCAGACUGUGGAGAUGGUGGCCGGGAACCCAGGAACUUGGUUACUCCACUGUCACGUCACUGACCACAUCCACGCUGGCAUGGAGACAACUUUCACCAUCAAAGAAAGCGUCUCACAUGCAUCACCAGGAACUGAAAACUCUAUGAAGUUGUUUCUGCUCACGCUGCUACUUGGUCUUAUGACUGCACUGAUGAGUGGACUCUGACACUGGACUGAAUGUGUGCAAAGCACACUAAUGCACUUGAAAAUUCCAGGGACAAAAUCACUGUUACCUAUGUAUAUGAUGGAUAUUACAUAUAUAAAUAUCCAGCAGUGAUCAGACCAGUCAAAAUAUAUCAGUGACUGUAGAAUCAUGUAGAAAGUUCAACAUCAUUUCUUAGGACUAAACAACAUAAGCAUUUUAUAUUUGUGGAUUGUUUGUAUGUUAUUGUGUUUUCUGACAUUUUAGUGUGUUUGAUGUUGUUCGUGUCGUUGGUCUUACAAAGCACUGCUGUACCAAAUAUUUGAUAACGGGCAUGAAUGUGCAAUAAAAACAUACUGUGA